AUGGCAACUCCAGGCGCGGGAUUUUGGUCCUUCGGGUCUGAAGAAGGAGCCGGAGACCCGGACAACCCUGGUACAGCCAAAGCUUGGUGUCAGGCUGCCCAGAAGUUUACAGGAGGGAUUUCAACCAAACUCUGCGCUUUGCUGUAUGGAGAUGGGGAUAAGCCCACGGAAACAGGGGCUACUAAGGAAGACUCGAGCUCGGUUGCCAGAAAGGCCACGUGCACCUGCAAUAAAAAGCCCUGCGGUUGCCAGAAAGAGAAUAUUAAUUACGCAUUUUUACACUCCUCAGAUCUUCUGCCUGCCUCUGAUGGAGAAGUAGCCACUUUGUCUUUCCUCCAAGAUGUAAUGGACAUUUUGCUCCAGUAUCUGGUGAAAAAUUUUGAUAGAUCAACCAAAGUUAUCGAUUUCCAUUAUCCAAACGAGCUCCUUCAGGAAUAUAAUUGGGAACUGGCUGAUCAGCCACAGACCUUGGAAGAAAUUCUGCUGAACUGCAGGACCGCGCUGAAAUACGCCAUUAAAACAGGUCACCCCAGGUAUUUCAAUCAGCUUUCAACUGGAUUGGAUAUGGUUGGAUUAGCUGCAGACUGGCUAACUUCUACUGCCAACACUAAUAUGUUCACCUAUGAAAUUGCACCAGUGUUUGUGCUUUUGGAGUACGUCACAUUAAGGAAAAUGAGGGAAAUCAUUGGCUGGCCAGGCGGUGCUGGCGACGGGAUAUUUUCACCUGGUGGUGCCAUAUCUAACAUGUAUGCUAUGUUGAUUGCACGUUUCAAGAUGUUCCCAGAAGUUAAGGAGAAGGGAAUGGCAGCUAUUCCAAGACUGGUUGCCUUCACAUCAGAGCAUAGUCAUUUCUCUGUGAAGAAAGGAGCAGCAGCCUUAGGAAUUGGGACUGACAGUGUGAUUUUGAUCAGGUGUGAUGAAAGAGGGAAAAUGAUCCCAUCUGAUCUUGAAAGGAGAAUUGUUGAGGCAAAGCAAAAGGGAUUUGUUCCAUUCUUAGUAAGUGCCACAGCAGGAACUACUGUAUAUGGAGCAUUCGAUCCACUGAUAGCCAUUGCAGAUAUCUGCAAGAAGUACAAGAUCUGGAUGCACGUGGAUGGAGCGUGGGGCGGUGGGCUGUUGAUGUCAAGAAAGCAUAAAUGGAAAUUGAAUGGUGUUGAAAGGGCCAAUUCUGUGACAUGGAAUCCACACAAGAUGAUGGGGGUCCCACUGCAAUGUUCUGCCCUGCUUGUUCGAGAAGAGGGGCUGAUGCAAAGCUGCAAUCAAAUGCAUGCUUCCUACCUCUUUCAACAAGACAAGCACUAUGACCUGUCAUAUGACACUGGAGACAAGGCCUUGCAAUGUGGGCGCCAUGUUGAUGUCUUCAAGCUAUGGCUGAUGUGGAGGGCAAAGGGCACUAUAGGAUUUGAAGCACAUAUUGACAAAUGCUUGGAACUUGCAGAAUACCUAUAUAACAAAAUAAAGAACAGAGAAGGCUUUGAAAUGGUGUUUGAUGGAAAGCCUCAGCACACGAAUGUUUGCUUCUGGUAUGUGCCUCCCAGUUUACGGAAUAUGGAGGAUAAUGAAGAAAGAAUGAACCGACUUUCAAAGGUGGCCCCGGUAAUUAAAGCCCGAAUGAUGGAAUAUGGUACCACGAUGGUCAGCUAUCAGCCCCUGGGAGACAAGGUCAACUUCUUUCGCAUGGUUAUCUCCAACCCAGCAGCAGCUCACCAAGACAUCGAUUUUCUGAUUGAGGAAAUAGAGCGCCUUGGGCAAGAUUUAUAA